GCUUAUCUUUCACAGUAAAGUUGGUUAAACGUUAAGCCGGUUUGACUUGUGGCCGAUUUUUCUUGCUUUAUUCCCCUAAAAGUUAUAACGUGGAACUGUCAACAACAAAAAUGGACUUGCACUUCGUGUUUUUAAUUCUUUGCAUCGGGCUUUCCUGUGCUAAAGCUGAAGAUGCCAGAGUCACAAAGGUUGUUUAUUUUGAUAUCAUCAUUGGAAACGUGACGGCAGGAAGGAUAGAAAUUGGCCUGUUUGGAGACAUUGUGCCCAAGACGGUAGAGAACUUUGCCCAGCUUGCACAGAACACUCCAGGCUUUGGCUAUAAAGGCAGCCUCUUCCACAGAGUCAUUGAAAGGUUUAUGAUUCAAGGUGGUGAUUUCACCAACAAGGAUGGAACUGGUGGAAAGAGCAUCUAUGGAGAGAGGUUUGCUGAUGAGAACUUCAGACUGAAGCAUUAUGGGCCAGGCUGGUUGAGCAUGGCUAAUGCAGGUCCAGACACCAAUGGUUCCCAGUUUUUCAUCACCACGACAACCACAGAAUGGCUGGAUGGCCACCAUGUCGUGUUCGGCAAAGUUCUCUCAGGCAUGGACGUUGUGAAGAAAAUCGAAACCCAGGCCAAGAAUGCCUACGACAAACCAGUUGUAGACUGCGUGAUUCAGGAUUCCGGGGUCCUGGUGCGUGAACCCUUCAUGGUGGCACUGGCUCCGGUCCCAUAUUAGAAAAAGGCUUUAGGGAAAUAUAUGCUUUAAGAGAUUCAUACAUGCUUCAAAAUUGGUGCUAAUUAAAUUGCUCUUAUUUU